AUGGCUACGACCACACAACACAUGAAUCUGAUCUUCCUCUUACUCCUCCUCACCUCCUUCGCUAUCUCUCCGGCGAUCUCAACGGUUCCAAAAGAAUGUGAAAUCGAGUCAACAGACUCUUGCAUCAACAAAACCAAAGCCUUACCUCUCAAAAUCAUUGCAAUCGUCGCCAUUCUUGUUACAAGCAUGAUCGGAGUCACGGCUCCUCUCUUUAGCCACUAUGUCCCGUUCCUAAGUCCAGGCGGUAAAAUCUUUAUGAUCGUCAAAUGUUUUGCAUCCGGGAUCAUUCUAGGAACCGGUUUCAUGCACGUUUUGCCCGAUUCUUUCGAGAUGUUAUCCUCUCCAUGUCUUGAAGACGAUCCAUGGCAUAAGUUUCCCUUCACAGGUUUUAUCGCUAUGUUGUCUGGUCUUGUAACUCUAGCUAUCGAUUCCAUUGCUACAAGUCUCUAUACCAAGAAAGCUGUCGCUGACGACAGCGAAGAAAGGACUACUCCGAUGAUAAUUCAAAUUGAUCAUUUACCUAUCACAACUAAAGAACAUAACUCUACAUGCUCAAAACAAGUAUUGCGGUGCCGAGUUAUCGCCAUGGUAUUGGAGCUUGGGAUUAUAGUUCACUCAGUGGUUAUUGGACUAUCCUUAGGUGCAACAAAUGACACAUGCACCAUUAAAGGUCUUAUUGCAGCUCUUUGCUUCCAUCAAAUGUUCGAAGGCAUGGGUCUCGGGGGUUGUAUCCUCCAGGCAGAGUAUACAAAUGUGAAGAAAUUUGUGAUGGCCUUCUUCUUUUCGGUUACAACACCAUUUGGGAUCGCUCUUGGUAUAGCCUUGUCGAGCGUUUACACGGACAAUAGUCCAACCGCAUUAAUCACGGUCGGGUUACUCAAUGCAUGUUCCGCAGGAUUGCUCAUUUACAUGGCCCUUGUUGAUCUUCUAGCUGCCGAGUUUAUGGGAUCAAUGCUCCAAGGAAGCGUCAAGCUUCAGAUUAACUGCUUCGGCGCGGCUUUGCUCGGUUGUGGCGGAAUGUCAGUCCUUGCCAAGUGGGCUUAA